AUGCUCGAUCUCUCCAUUAACUAUCUUUCAGGCCAAAUCCCAUCACAAAUAUCACAGUUCACAGAUUUGGUUUAUCUUGAUCUUUCUAAGAACAUUUUUGGUGGCCAAAUCCCUUCAGAAUUCUCAAGGCUGACCAAAUUGGUUUAUCUUGACCUCUCAUACAGUGGGGUUUAUUACCAAUAUUAUCACCCAUAUCAAAUCCCUCAUCUUGAAUUCCCUCGACUUGAAAUCACCACUUUGAGAGAAUUUGUUCAGAAUCUAUCUAGUUUGAGUGAACUGCGUCUUGAUGGAGUGAACUUGUCAGCUCCAAAGAAUAAGGACUGGUCUAGUCUCUUAUCAUCUUCACUCCCUAAUCUUCAAGUUCUGACAAUGAGUUUGAGUUCACUUGCAGGUCCCUUGGAGGCAUCGAUCUCAAACCUUCGUUUCCUCUCUGUGCUCAACCUUCUUGGCAAUCCAAAUCUCUCUUCCAAAGUACCAACUUCUUUGAUGAACCUCACUUAUUUGACUGACCUUAAUCUACGUGAUUGUGGAUUGUAUGGAGAUUUUCCAAGAGAUGUUUUCCUUCAACCUAACCUGAAGAGCAUAGACUUGUAUACAAAUCCUCUCAUCUCAGUUCAUUUGCCUGAAUUCCCUGAAGCCAAUAAUACUCUUAAAUAUCUUAGUGUUGGCGACACACAAUUCCAAGGGAAGUUGCCAAGUUCAGUUGGGAAUCUCAAGUCUUUGACAUAUUUUUGUGUUUGGGGUUUGAACUUGUCUGGACCAAUCCCACCUUACCUUUCUGGAUCUUUCAAUCAACAAUUUCAUUGCUACAUAGCAGAGGAUACCUAUGGUAACUUUGUCAAUGCUCAAAUUCAAGAGUUAGCCAUGACUGGUUGCAAUAUUAGUAACUUCCCAGAUUUUCUUAAGAAUCAGAAGGCAUUGAGUGUUCUAUACAUUUGUUACAAUAAAAUUAGCAAAUUCCCAGAUUCUCUUAGGGACCUCAAGGCAUUGAGUUAUCUUGAUAUCUCUAACAAUAGAAUUGAUGGUGCAAUACCCAAAUGGAUAUGGCAAAACAAUUUGAUAAGACUAAACCUGUCUAACAACUUCAUUACAGGUCUGGAAUUGCCAUUACCUGAUCACUCCAACAUUCAAACUCUUGAUCUUCACUCAAACAUGAUACAAGAGUGUCUCUCAGCAGAUCCAUGCUUUCGGCAAACAUUCAAUCACUCUAACAGUGAUGAGUUUGUAUCUCCUGUCUUAGGGAAUCUCACCUCCCUUCUCUCCAAUGCCAGUGUCGUUUCAAUUUCGAACAAUAAAGUAACUGGUAAAAUCCCUUUCUCAAUCUGCAAUGCAAGUAAUCUGGAUAUUUUGGAUUUGUCCAAAAACCAAUUGAGUGGCACCAUCCCAACAUGCCUUGGCAACAGCAAUUUGAGGAUUCUAAAUUUAGAGAGAAACAAAAUACAUGGACCCAUUCCUCCUGCUUUCAAAAAUGGAUGCAAAUUGCGUACACUCAAGCUCAAUAAAAAUAUGCUUCAAGGGGGAGUUCCAAGAUCAAUGGGCAACUGCAAGCAACUUAACCUGCUAGAUAUUGGGAAUAACCAAUUGAAUGAUUCCUUUCCUUAUUGGUUGGAAAAUCUUCCUGAAUUGCAGGUACUUGUCAUGGGAUUUAACAAAUUUGGUGGUCCGAUUGCUCAGCUCCCCCAAACUGAUUCUCCCUUUCCAAGCCUACAUAUCAUUGACCUCUCUUUCAAUAAUUUUACUGGAAAUUUACCAUUACAAUACAUUUGUCAUUGGAAGGCGAUGGUGUUUGAUGGGGAUGCUUCUGUAUUAAGCUAUACUUCCGAAGUGAAUUCCUUCUAUUACAAUCAAACUAUUGGCUACUAUCAGGACACACUUGUAAGUAUGGAGAAGAAACAAUACAUGGAGUUUCCGAAAAUUUUGUCGGCCUUCAUCAGCAUAGAUCUAUCCAACAACAAUUUUGAAGGAAAGAUUCCACAUGCCUUGGGAAAUUUAAAAGCAUUGAAAGCACUCAACUUGUCAGGAAAUAGCCUCACAGGUCAAAUUCCAUUUUCGUUUGGGAAUCUAAGCGAACUUGAGUCACUGGAUCUUUCAAGAAACAAGCUUUCUGGAGUAAUCCCGGGGCAAUUGAUAAGUUUGACCUUCCUUUCAGUCCUGGAUCUUUCAUAUAAUAACUUCACAGAAAGUAUACCACAAGGGAACCAGUUUAACACGUUUCCAAAUGCUUCUUAUGAGGGAAACACAGGACUAUGUGGGUUUCCUUUGUCAAGGAAGUGCGGAUUACCUCCAACAUCAACGUUCCAACAAAAAGAUGAUGCAACAAGUUCGUUUGAUUGGAUAUUUGCCUUGGCAGGAUAUUGCUCUGGUUUAAUUGUUGGAUUGGUCGUCGGACAACAAUUGUUCUGGAGAAGAAACAGAUGCUCUGAAGUCAUUUCAAGAGUUGUGGCAUCCAAACAGAGAAAAAGGUCAAGGAAGAUCAAACAGCACAAGAGAGGGAAAUGA